AUGACUAAGUGGAAAUCUGUGCAAUAUCCAAAACCUAUGAUUAAAGAGGAUCCUUUAUUCCCAACAGGAUUUACACUAGUCAAUGGACAUCCUUCAUUACAACUAGUAAAUGUAGGCUCAAGGCCAAGUUCAUACACAUUUGCUUCAACAGCACCAAUCUCGAGGUUCCAACCAAUGGGGAAUGCACAGGCACUACCAAUCAUAAUUCUUGAAGAAAGGGGAAUAUCCAAAGAAACAAUAAAAGAACAGACCCUUAGCUUGGAAGUAAACUGUAAGUAUGAAGUACUGGAGGAGCGUUUGCGAGCCGUGGAGGGUACGAACGUGUUUGGAUCAGUGGAUGCAUUUGAUCUAUGUUUUGUGCCUAAUGUGAUUCUACCUCCAAUGUUCGAAGUCCUGGAUUUCGAGAAGUUUAGUAGGUCCAAGUGUUUGGUAAUUCAUUUGAAGAUGUAUUGUCAAAAAAUCGUUGCGUAUUCCGAUAAUGAUAAGUUGUUAAUCCAUUGUUUUGAGGAUAGCUUAACUGGGGCAGCCAUGAGAUGGUAUAUUCAGUUGGACCGAACAAAGAUUCGCACCUGGAAGGAUCUAGCUCAUGCUUCUAUUAAUCAAUAUAUGUAUGUAAUUGAGAUGGCUCCUGACAGGUUGACUUUGAAGAAUAAGGAGAAGAAGAAGAGUGAAUCAUUUAAAGAAUUAUGCUUAUCGAGGGAAAGAAAUAGUAACACGGGUUCAUCCUUCGAUUGA